ACAACUAAAAAACUCAAAACAACACUUAAUCUCCAUCUCAUUCAGUUCAUUAUUACAGUUUCAUAGAAGAUGGACUCACAACAAAACUUGAGCUACAAUGCUGGACAAGCCAAGGGCCAAGCUCAGGAAAAGGCUAGCAGCAUGAUGGAUAAGGCUAGCAAUGCAGCUCAGUCUGCUAAAGAAUCAAUGCAACAGGCUGGACAGCAAAUGCAGGAGAAAGCACAAGGAGCUGCUGAUGCUAUGAAGAAUGCAACAGGGACCAACCAAGGAAGAUAAAUGGAUGAUCAUCGUGCCAGAUUUUGUUUCCCUUUAAAUAAGCUAUGUUCUGCUGAUUAGUAUAUUUUGCAAAAAUAUGCAAAUUCCAUUUUAUAAUUUCCAAUGCAAUCAUUUUCCAUCAUCAAUUUUGUAAUACAAUUUCAUGAAUGAGUAGAAUAAAUUUUCAAAUUUGAAU